AUGUCUCUGGCGCCCAGCUCCCCUCGUUUGCCCAGCCCGCCGCCGCCAGCAGAAAUCCAGAUAGGGCCAAAUUCCCCAUCGGGAGGCCCCGCGGCGACGUUGGCGACCACCGAGAUGGAGCAGUCGCAUAUAGACGCCAAUUCUUCUAGAAGGAUACACCCGGGAACCAAAGCUGCAGACAUGGCCGUUGGCCCUCCAUUGGUGCCGCUGAGCGAGCUAGACUCGCCGUUUCAGCUACAAGAGCACCUCGCUGCUCUGCACUACCACAGCACCGCAUCCGGCACUCAGCCGCUGACUCGCGAAUCGGCUCUACAGCUCGCCCAGCCUCCGAAUGGUAUCGACCGCACCCUCUGGCUCUACGAGCUCUGCCGCUUCCUCAUCUCGCAGUGCAACUCCCUCAUCUGCGGCUUCCUCUUCGACAGCCCUCCAUGCAGCGCAAACACCUGCCCCGAGAUGCGCGCCUCCGAAUGGCAGUUUCUCUGUGCCGUACACGAGCAACCUAAGAGCUGCUGUGCCAUAGAUUACUGCUGCCACACCCUCGACUGGGCCGCCAACGUCGUGUCGGACCAAAAGAUCUUCCCAAGCCGCUUCGUCGUGGUCAACGACGUUCAUAGCAAGAAUGUCGGCGUCAAGAGCCUGGUCAACGUCUUCCGCAGGCUGCAUCGCAUCUUUGCGCACGCCUGGUUCCAGCACCGCAGCGUCUUUUGGGCUGUCGAAGGACAGACCGGCCUUUACGUCUUCUUCAAGACUGUGUGUGACUUGUACGACCUGCUGCCAGCUGAGAAUUACAAACUGCCACCCGAAGCAGAGGGUCUCGAAGCCCACCCAGAGUUCGACGUAAACGCCAGCAGCAGAGCUCAACCACCUCAAAUCUUGAAGCCCUCAGCUUCGCAGACCGGGGCAAGCGAGGGCGAUGAAGAUGGCUUGCACGGGUCUGUCAAUCGUACAAACACCCGCAGGCACAUCAGGAGCAGCCCAUCCACCGGAAGCUCUGUAACAACCGUCAUGGAAGCUGAAGAAGAAGACGCCGACGGGGUGUCUCGAAGGCUGAGAAGUAUGCACCUAGCGGGUCCUGACCUCGUAGAGGAGGAAUCCGAGUCCGCCGAAGUCCCCGUCAUUGUCGAGCAAUCAGUAAUUGCUGGCCCUCCACCCCCUCUCCUCUUCUCGCUGUCCUCGGAGCCUGGCCAAGAUGAGACGGGCACCACCGUAUUUGACCUGUCUGAUCCCGGCCAUCAAACGUCAGGGGUAUCAGAAAGCGUCGUAGAAAUUACAGAAGACGAUGUCACCAGCGUCAUUGAUACUUCUGACCACCAUAUCGUCGAAGAGGCCAAGGAAGAAGACAAGGCUCAAGAGGCAUCUGCUGAGACACCGAGUGAGGGACAAACAGAGGGCGAAAUCCCAAUCUUAAGUGAAGAAACACACACAUCUGAAACUCCCGCUGAAGCCGCCAAAGAAGAAGAAGAAAAACAAACACCUGAAGAAACUCCCAAAGAAGAAGUCACCGCUCCUGAA